AUGGACUCCACCAUGGUUCGAAACAUCGGGAUUCAAUUAGAAGAUCCUCCCAGCCCAAGUGAGAUGGACGCGUCUCCACGUCCUUCCAAACGCGUCCGAUUUCCACCAGGGUCCAUUGAGACACGGGAAGAACGGGCGCGGCUUCGUGCCAUUAAGUUUGAGUCGGCCUUCAAAGCUGCAGACAGUUUGCGUGGAAAAUGCCAAAAAGAAAUUGAAGAGCUCAAGGUCAGGUUGGAGGAAGCAAAAGUACGGGAAGAAAACCUUCGGAGUCGCCAAGAGCAGGCUAGACUUCGUGCAGUUCAGUAUUACGCAGCCUUCAAAGCCUCACAAUGCCAACGAGCUGGACUUCAGAACGAAGUCAAACAGUUGAGAAAGGAGGUAAAUGACGAGCACAUCGUAUGGCAGAUGCGUUUGGAGGCUGAGAAAUCAGCGUCAGCUUCACGCGAAGCAAAGCUUCAAGCAGAUAUUGAUCACCUCUGGGUUCACAUUCAUACCAUGAACAAUGAACGAGGUCAGCUGAAUCCAGGGACGGUUGCAGAACACAGCCUGCGAUGUGAAGAGCUACAGAGAAGGGAAAAUGUGAACAGUGUACUUCAAAAUGUUGCACACAGUUUGGUGUUAUCGGCAGAGCACGAAGGCAACCCCCAACACGACACCGGAUGUGCUAGGAGGGCCGUGGAUGCAGUACAAGCAGAGCAGAAAAGGAAAAGCUAA